GCACACUGUUAGACGUGUGGAGGAGCAUAGAGACUACAGCCGGACCGAAGCCCCUCCACAGGCUCUGUGGGGUGACAACGUUUUUCCUUCCACUCAGCUGCCCACACUACUCACCCCUGUGACCACGCGUGGCAGCGGGUGUUUCAGUGCCAAGUUAUGAUGUGAGAGUAAGACCUAGAAAAAUGGGGGGGAAACCAUUGUUCCCUUUCGCUGCUGACGUAUCAUCUGUGCAACUUCCUCCUUUACUAAAACAAGAACGAAAACUGAGGCCCAAAGAGCCGCAGAAACACGCACCACAGAGGACCCGGCUCAUCUGCGUCUUCUGCUCCUGGUGAAGUAACCCAGCUCUGGGCCUUGUGAAGACCCUCAUUUUGGAUCAGGAUCAUCUGAAGGGAACUGGAGGUCUGGUAGAGGAACUGGUUGGACUCCACUGCCAGCAUGCUGCGGCAGUCUCUGAGCAUCCUGAAGCAGUUUGGAUCGGCAGCAAAGUCACAAGAUGCCACCGACCUUCUACACGAGGACCUGGUUCAGGUGGAGCAGCGGGUGGAGCCAGCCAAGAAGGCGGCGCAGGUCCUCCAUAAGAAGCUGCAGGCCUGCAUGACGAGUCCUCUGGGACUGGAGGCAGAAAAAAGAAUGAAAAAACUCCCACUGAUGCUGCUGUCUAUCAGCAUGGCAGAAAGCCUGAAGGACUUUGAUGCGCAGUCCUCUAUCAGGAGAGUUCUGGAGAUGUGCUGCUUCAUGGAGAAGAUGCUGGCCAGCAUGCUGGCAGACUUUGAGAUGACCGUGGAGAAGGAAGUACUGGAGCCGCUCAAUAAGCUUAGCGAGGAAGACUUGCCUGAAAUCCUGAAGAACAAGAAGCAGUUUGCGAAGCUCACUACAGACUGGAACAUUGCACGGACCAGGAGUCAGACCAGCACCGGGCCCCAGGCUAAACAGGACGGACUCAGGGAGGAAGUGGAAGAAGCGUGGAGGAAGUUGGAGAGUGUGAAGGACCAGUACUCUGCGGACCUGUACCAUUUUGCAACCAAAGAAGACGACUAUGCGAACUACUUCAUCCGUCUCCUUGAACUGCAAGCGGAUUAUCACAAGAAUUCAUACGAGUUCCUGGACAAAAACAUCAACGAGCUGAAGGAGAAUCACAGCCAGAAAGAUUCAGCGCUGAGCCUCUCCAGCACCAAGGUCUACGGGGAAGCCCUUCUGUCACACCUGAGCCAGAGCGGCAGAGAGAUCGCUGCACCCGUCCAGGAGUGCAUUCACAUGCUGCUGAGAACCGGCAUGAGGGAGGAGGGUCUGUUUCGUCUUGCAGCCGCCGCCUCGGUGGUGAAGAGGCUGAAGACGUGCCUGAACCAUGGGACGGUGGACCACAGCGAGUUCAGCAUGGAUCCUCACGCCGUCGCAGGAGCGUUGAAGUGUUACCUUCGGGAACUGCCUGAGCCCUUAAUGACCUUUGAACUGUACAGUGAUUGGUUUGAAGCUGCAGGAGAAAAAGACCUGACAGUCAAGCUGGAGAAGUUCAGGGAAUUGCUGCAGAAACUGCCGCCUGAAAACUACAACAACCUCAGGUACCUGGUCCAGUUCCUGUCGCUGCUGUCUGAGCAGCAGGCCAUAAACAAGAUGACGCCCAGUAACAUCGCCAUCGUGCUGGGGCCCAACCUGCUGUGGCCGCGAGCUGAAGGGGAAGCGGCGCUCUUCGACAUGGCUUCAGCAUCUUCCGUCCAAGUGGUGACAGUCAUUGAGCCUCUGAUACAGUACAGCUCCAGCCUAUUUCCAGAAGCCGUAGGCUUUGAGAUCCCUGAGCUUCCUGAGGUCCCAGAUGUUCCAGCUGCUGCUGCCCCGUCGUUCUUCUCAGAGAAGGACCGACUCAGCAGAACCGUGUCCUCCUCUUCAUCCACGUCCUCCUGCUCCUCUCAUCACCUCCCUGUCUCCAAAACUAACAGCACAGCCUCUCAGGACAGCGUUGGACUCUUCCGGGUCAAGUCCGGUUCUGUGGGCAGCCGCAGCGCCACCACAUGGGGCGGUCCUGCUCCUGAGGCGCCGGCCCAUCACAGCGCAGCCUCCGGCACGUCCACGUCCGAGUCCGGCACGGUUCCGGCUCCCAGUCCGUCCUCCGGAUCCGGAUCCGGCUCUGGAUCCGGAUCCGGCUCCGCACCGAACCAGAUCCAACCUCCUCCUCCCAGAACCACGGCGCCGGCACCAAACCCGGCUGUCCAGAUGAGGAACCCGGCCCAGAGGCAGAGCCUGGAGCAGGCCCAGCUGGAGCCCAUUUUGGAGGCGCCGCCGGAUUCUCCCAAGGCUGUGCUGACGAUCGGGUCACCUUAUAAACCAAAGAGAACCUUCAACAUAAACAAAACCAACCAACCCAAGGAGCCGAUGGCGGUCCAGUUCUCCAAACCCCCCAGACCCCACGCCCCGUCCCUUCCAGUCACCGCCCCCGUUACCGCCGCCGCCGCCAACACCGCCGCCAACACCGCCGCCAACACCGCCGCCGUACCCAGGCCUGCGCCUCGAGCUCCACCGGCCAACGUCAGGAAGCCUCCGCCGAAGAAGGCCGGCGUCAGAGCCCCCAGCUGCCCUCCUCCUCUUCCUCCGCCCUCGCAGCCCAAACAGCUUCCCUCGUUGGCGCAGUGAGCCGUCCCUCCUGCUCUCCCUGCUGCCCGGUCCUCACGUCGCCCAGUUCUGAGCUAAUUACAUUUUUUUUUUUACAGGGUUAUAUCCCUCACUAGUUUAUUUAUUGAAAUGUUCUUUAUUUUUUCCCGUCCUGAUGGUCAGAGUCACUAUAGACCACAUGUGAACCCUCGUAGUGCCGAUGCAACCGUCCGCCUUCGUCUUUCUGUGUUCGCCAACUUAAAAGAAAAAUAAUGUAAAUGAAUGCAAAUCUAAUUAAAAAUGUCUUUAUUGUC